AUUGGACGACAGGCGUACGGCUCAUGAAAGUUCUGGAGGCAUGUUCUAAAAUGUCACACUUUCCAAGUUGGAUGGGAAGAAGGAAGAGUUAAAAAGAGUCUCUCGGAACCAGGACUGCCUUACUUGGAUAAAGUAACGGACCAACAAAGGAGACAAACGUAGCCUCAAAGGGGCGGGGCCAUGUCUGGUGGCAACAGUGCGAACAACAGCUGGACCAUCCUCAGUCCUGAGGAGACUGUUGCAGAAACCGUGAGGCCUCUGGAGGAAGUGACGAAGCAUCAUGAACAAGCCGGUGGUCCAACCAACCAGCCCCCACAGGGUGCUGCAUCUUUGUCUGGUCCCCCUAAUGUGGAGUGCAAGGUAGCAGAAGAGAGAAAGGAAGACCUGAGUGGAGACUCGAGCACUGAUCAUCCCUCCUCCAUGCCCUCAUCUGUCACUGAUGACCCCAUUCCAUCCCGCCAUGCACUCGUCCAACAAGAGGCCGCACCUGUCGGCCCGGACCAGGCUUCCUUCUCUGACUCCUCCAGCCACGUGACCCCCUCCCCAGAUGAGCCCCCGGGCUCACCGCUGAGCACAGAGACUCUGGGAGGGGUUGAGCUCACAUCGGAAGAAGGGAGGUUGACACGUGAGGGAACCCGGUAUCUGCAGGAGGAGGAGGAUCUACGACAGGAAGGGGAAGAGUCCGACCUGGCUCCGGGGAGGGUUGAAAAGCACACAGACUCCACGUGUUUGGAUGAAGAAAAGGCCAAGGAGUCAAGGGAGCAAGGAGACUCAGAGGAGACAAAGACGACUCUCCUGGCAUCUCUGGAGCGCAUCGGGAGGAUAGAUGAGGAGGAGGAGGAGGAGGAAGAUGAGGAAGAAUUCCAGCUGCCACGGCGGGAGGACGAGAGCGUGUUCUCCCUGAACAAGUGCAUCCUGGGUGCGGUCAUCCUGGUUGGCCUCGGGACCAUCUUGUUCUCAGGUGUCUUCAUGGACCUGGAUGAUGAGAGUGACUAUAGUAGCAGAGAGCUGAGAGAUUCCAAGGAACCAGGAAAACAGGAGUGGCUUGAACCGGAAGUUCCUCCGUCCCCAGCAGACGCCGACCACUCUGAGCUUCUGACCAAACUCGCCAAAGGAAACCAGCAGAUUUCUGUGCUGCAAGCCCAACUUCAGGCGCAGAAAGAAGAGCUGAAAGCGGCGAAGGGUCAAGCGGCGGAGGGAGAAACGCAGCGUAUGCGCUGGGAGGAGGAAAACAGUCGGUUGAAAUCUGAAAUGGCGUCUGUCCCUCUCCUUCAGAAGGAGAACGAGAGGAUGAAGAGAGAGCUGGAGUCUCUGCCCACCCUUCAGAAAGAACUAGAAACUCUCAGGUCCACUGUCACGGAGUUGAAACGCUCAGCGCCCCCAAGCGGUCAGUCAGCAGACGGACAGCGGGAGGCGUCUCCCAAACUUGGGGAUGAACAGAGAGCAGAGAAGGAGAAACACGACAGGGGCGAGUGGAAAGAGAGCAAAAAGUCCGAAUGGAAAGAAGGCGAGAGAAAGGAGCGCAAAGAUGGCGGAAAAACAGAGCGAAAGGAGGCGAAAACUUAUGAACAAGACAAGCUGAAGGAAGGGGAAGGCAAGUAUAAGAUCCACAAGGAGGAGAAAGAGUGGAAGGAUAAAGACCAGAAGAAGGAGAAAGCGAGUAGAGGAGACGAGGGAAAGACUUGGAAGGAUAGAGGUGAGAAGAAGGAGCGCGUUGAGAAGACUGAGAGGAAAGAGUGGAAGGACGACAAAGAGUGGAAGGAGGAGAAGGAGCGGAAGAAGGACAAGCAUGAGAAGAAGACAAAGGAGUGGGGGGGAGGAAAACAUGAAGGAGCGACUCACAAGGUGAAAGACAAGUGGAACGGGGGCAAGAAAGUGAAGGAUGGCUUUGAGGAACGUGGCAAGGAGAAAUGGAGUGGGGAGAAGAAGAAGAAGGAUGGCAACUGGAUGAGCAAUGAUCAAAAAGGUGAGCGGAAACAGUACGACUAUUCCAAAAAGCAAGUUGGAGAGAAGGUUGACAGGAAGCAGGGGAAUCAGAACGAGAAAGGCGAUCAGGACUCUAGGAAGGACAAGAAAAAAGACGAGUGGAAGAGGAAAGAGGACAGCGGGGAGUGGAAAGACGACACCAAACACAGAGAUGACAAGUUCACUGGGUACCACCACCACCAUGAGGAGCACCUGUGGGGUGAGAGGAAGACACCUCCCGCCCACCACCAGUCCUCCCUGGAUCAAGCAGACUACUGGACCCAGCAGAGGAACCGCCUUCACAGGAAGCCCAAAGCCCCUCAGCACUGCGUCUCCCCGGAGGCCUGCGCUCAGGCUGAGGGCCUGCACCCCGUCUCCUUCGCCCAGUUUGAGUCCAUCCUCCAGACGUAUCUGGCCAAGGCAGAGCAGGCCGGCGUGGACGCUUCCAAGAGAGAAGAGCUCAAAAAGCUCGCUGCCGAGUUCUUCCAGGACGGCGUCUUCAUGCACGACCAGGUGAACUUCCGCAAGUUCGUCAAGAACCUGGCCGAUAUCCUCGAAGACAUGGUGGAAGGAGACGAGGAGAUGGAGGAAGAGGAGGGCAGCGCUCUGGAGGAGGAGAUGGAGGCUUUUGGAAGGGAAGCGGUGGCGAGGUUUUUAGCGACAGGUGGUGAGACGCACAAAGGGGAGUGGCAGAAGGAGAGCGGGCGGGCGAGCGGCUGAAGCGGGAAGUGAUGGAGGAAGUUCACUGAAUAUUGGACCACGAUAAUGUAACGUUUGACGGCUGUAGAAGAGAUUCAUUUAGCGUCACUUGCCCACGUUUUCCAUGUCCACUGCCAGCUUUCGAUGACUGAGAGAAGACUUGGUAGGAUAAAGAGGAGCCUGCAUAUCAUCCAGUUAAGUUUAUUCACCCAGAAUGAAGACCCUGUGCAUCUAUUCCUGCAGCACUCGCACUGCUCAAGUCUUAUUCUUGACACAAAUCAGUCCGUUUCCAUGGUGAUGUGUCGGCGGCAGGAGAUAUUGAAGUGUGUUUUGUUUUCUUUUUUUAAAUUAAAUAAGCAGUCUGUUGGUUUCCUUUUGGAAUAUUUGUACAUACUUAAUUAAACACUUAAACUAUACAAGUAACUUAUUCUUUUUUUGCAUUUUGGCGUAAUAUAGGAAGGCACAUAAAAAGACUGUUAUAAGCUUGUUUGUAGCUUCUCAGUUACAUAACUGCACUAAAGCUCUUCAUUUUUCAAGUUUGUGUAUUAGGUUGCCCAUACUGGCAAAGCAUGUGCUCAUUGUUUACUUUUGCUUAUUUUCAUGCAUAAAGUGCUUUGUUCUGUUAGAAUGUUCAUAUUGUCACUUGUGUUGCCAAGGCAGCUGUUUAAUAAAGUUUGGGCAUCCUACACUCCCA